AAGAAACAUGAGUGAGUCUGAUAUCAGGGAAUAUUAAAUCAUUUAAAAAUGGAGUUUGUGCCUGUAAAAUUAGUUUUGUAAGCUUGUGAAUUGAUUGUUUCUGUCUGUAAAGAGGUCUGAACACAAGCUUUUGUAAAGGAAACAAGAGAAAAGAGAUCAGGACAUCUCACUCUGACUACUUUUCUACCCACUAAAUGCUGCAAGCCAAGAACCUGAAUGUACAAACAGAGUUUACAGCAGGCAGCAGCAGUCCGUCCUCAUCACUCCUUGUCUUUAGAUCUCCCUGCUCCUUCUGCCGCCGUGCUGCCUUUUUUUGACACAAAAGGGGGGAAACGUUGGAAAACUCAUAUUCUCUCAGGCUGGAUUCACUCGUUUUCACCAAUGGAUGGAGUUUAUUCCCCGGCAAGCACGGUGACUUCUUAAAAACUUCACACUCUGCGCUGGGUGCUCCUGGGGUUUUCAGGGUGAUGGAGCAGCGCGGCGGAGGUGGUGCAGGCGGGGGAACGGAGAGCCCCGGCCUUCGGGCGAGCAGCGCCAGCCCAGAGGAGAGAGGGGAGAGCCCCGCCUCCAGCGGCCCCCCGCCGUGCAAGUCGAGCCGCCCGGAGGUCAACGGCAGCCCGGCAGCUCCGCGGAUCCGACAGAACGGCACGCCGCUGAGACCACUAGGAGGUCUGAUGAUCCCAGUCUACUGCGUGGUGGAGCACGCAGACGUGGGCGUAUCCGGCGACUGCGAUGGGCACGGCGAACGUCACGCCGAGUUUGUGUUGGUCCAUAAAGAUGUCCUCUUCACGCAGCUGGUGGAGACGGCACUGGCCGCUCUGGGAUACUCCCACAGCUCAGCUGUACAGGCAAGUGGCAUCAUUAAAGUGGGCCGGUGGAAGCCGAUGCCCAUCCACUACCUGACGGACGCUCCGGAGGCGACGGUGGCCGACAUGCUGCUGGACGUUUACCACAUGGUCACACUGAGGAUCAUACUGCACAGCUAUGCGCGGCUGGAGGAGCUGCCGUCGGAGCAGUGGACCCACGCCACGGUGAGGAACGCCCUCAAAGAGCUGCUCAGAGAGAACAACCAGAGCGCGCUGGCCAAGGAGUGUCCUCUCUCCCAGAGUAUGAUCUCAGCGAUAGUGAACAGCUCCUACUACAUCAACGUCUCCACCUCUAAGUGCCAGGAGUUUGGACGCUGGUACAAGAGGUACAAACGCAUCAAAGGUGAAUACAUAGAGAAGAUGUGGUCAGCACAGGACAAAUCAGAUAUUAAAGUGGAGAGGGACUUGGACCUGAGCGUCCUCAGCCAGCGUCCCCCCUCUCACUUACCGUCCCCGAACCAUCUGGGCACCCUGGGCAGCCCCGGAGCUCUGUCCAUCAAGAGCGGCCUCGGAGACAACCAGCCCCACUGUCUGCCUCACCCCGGCACCCAGCACCACCCGGGUGCACCGCUGCGUCCCCAGGGUCCCCCUCUCCUGAGCCACGGCGGGCUCCUGUCCCCGCAGCUCUCCCCUCAGCUCGUCCGUCAGCAGCUCGCCAUGGCCCACCUCAUCAACCAGCAGCUCUGCGUGAGCCGCCUGCUCGCGCACCAGCACCCGCAGGGAGUCAACCAGCAGUUCCUCCACCACCCGCCCAUCUCGCGGCUCUGCAAGGGCUCCGGGGCGGCGGGCGAGCCGGGCCUCAACUGCUCCGGGGCCGACGUCUCCGCCGGCAUUUACCAGCAAGUCAGGAACGAGCUGAAGAGGGCGAGCAUCUCUCAGGCCGUGUUCGCCCGCGUGGCUUUUAACCGCACACAGGGGCUGCUGUCAGAGAUCCUGCGUAAGGAGGAGGACCCUCGCUCGGCCUCCCAGUCGCUGCUGGUCAACCUGAAGGCCAUGCAGAACUUCCUCAUCCUGCCGGAGGGCGAGCGAGACCGCAUCUACCAGGAGGAAAGAGAGAGGAGCACCAACUCCAACCACAACCUCGCCACCAACCACAUCUCCAACAGCAACACACACAGACCCCCACAGAUCACAAACAUCCACUCGUUACCAGCAACUGAACCAGCUUUAAAUUAUACAAAGUGCAGCAUGUCCGCCGCAGAGCUGCCGCUGAAGUUGGAGUCGCUGGUGAACAUCUCGUCGGGCAUCUACGACGAGAUCCAACAGGAGAUGAAGAGGGCGAAGGUCUCCCAGGCUCUGUUCGCCAAGGUGGCUGCCAAUAAAAGUCAGGGCUGGCUGUGCGAGCUGCUCAGGUGGAAAGAGAGCCCGAGCCCCGAGAACCGCACGCUGUGGGAGAACCUGUGCACCAUCAGGAGGUUCCUGGCGUUAACGCAGGCCGAUAGGGAUCAGGUCUACGAGGAGGAGUCGAGGCAGCAGCACAGCGAGAGGCUCCACACCGUCCUGCACAUCCCAGACCAGCAGGUCCUCCACAGACAGCCUCUGCCACCUCUGACCACUCCGUCUCCGAUCCACGAGGACCCUCAGCCCCUCCCGUUGCUGGUCCUGCACGGCUCAGAAGACGGACCCCAGCGCGGGAUGAGCCCCGGCCUCGGAGGCGGAGGACCGAAGAAGGCCCGCUCACGGACGCGGAUUUCCCUCGAGGCUCUGGGGACCUUGCAGAGCUUCAUCGGCGACGUAGGGCUCUACCCGGACCAGGAGGCCAUCCACACCCUGUCGGCCCAGCUGGACCUACCCAAGCACACCAUCGUCAAGUUCUUCCAGAACCAGCGCUACAACGUCAAGCACCACAACCAGGUCAGGGAGCCCAUCCCAGGGGAGGACGACCGGGAGAGCUCGAGUCCCAGCGAGGGGGGCGUCUGCACGGCGGCGGAGAGUCGAGGGGAGGAGGGCUUGUCUGUGUCGGAGGAGUCGAGCGAGGACGGGAGAGGAUCGGUGGAGGCGUUCAGAACGGAGGGAGGAGAAGAUGUGGAGAUGGAGAAGGAAGAAGGGGAUGACGGGAAAGCCUCGGGACCGGCGACGUCCUCGCUGUCCCCCUACAGCAGCCUGGACAGCCCCCACUCUGCAGAGCAGCAGAGAUAACAGCAGACAAAACAUUGGAUAGAAGCAAAAAGGAAACUGUGAAGCCCACACACAGACAACCUGUGAAUAAACACAUCCCCCUUUACUAGAGCUGACGAUCAGAGCUCGUUAAUAUCUGAAGAACUGUGGACAAAUACUUAAGUAAGUUUGACUGAAAAGGGAUCCGACGGUACUACCGCUACGUUCAGUAUUUUUCGGUUGAUGCUGCCUGUAAAAAAACAAAAACAUAUUUCCUCCUAAAUAUUCAGUUUCACCCAGUUGGUGAGGAUGGGAACGCAUUUCAAACUGCUUUAGAUCAUCACCUUGUCAGUUGGGUUACCCGUUCUUUAAAGUGAACUCUGUCGGCUUGAAAGGUGACUAUAGGCCUUAAACUACUCCUGCAGCACAAUCCACUUCUUUGCAACAAGGAAGCAGCUGUGUAUUUGGCUAUAAAGUAAAGGUUUUCGAAGUGUGAAGUGGAGUUCCAAACAGUUUGAGGCUCAGUGAAUGGAAGUGAAACAGUAUUAUAUAGUUACUACAUUAUUUAUUAAAAGAAGAUCACAUAAAAUAGCUUAAAUGUGAGUGAUUUGGUUAAAGGGAUACAGUAGUUUGGGGGGAAUUUUAGUGUUUUUCCCACUUUUUUAGAGUCAGAAACUAAUAAAUGCCUCAGGAAAAAACUUUUUUAUGUACUUGGUGUAGUUUGAAAUCAUGUCAAACAGCAAUAUUUAGACGAAUGGAUACUGAUUAUCUGCAUGGAGAGAGGAGAAGUGGAUACUGUUGCAGGAGUGGUUUGAGAAGAUUUGAAUCUUCAGCCACCUUUUAAGCCAACAAUGGGUUGCUUAUUUAUGUCAGGGCUGCAACUAAUGAUUAUUUCAUUGUUCGAUUAAUCUGUCGGUUAUUUUCCCGAUUAAUCAAUUAGUUGUUCGGUCUAUAAAAUGUUGAAAAAUGUCAAUCAGUGUUUCCCAAAUCCCAAGAUGACGUCCUCAAAUGUCUUGUUUUGUCCACAACUCAAAGAUAUUCAGUUUACUGUCACAGAGGAGUAAAGAAACCAGAAAAUAUUCACAUUUAAGAAGCUGGAAAUCAGAGAAUUUAGACUUAAAAAACUACUCAAACAGAUGAAUUGAAAAGAUGAAUUUAAUAGCUGACAACUUAUCGAUGCAGCUCUAAUUUAUGUACGUUUUUGUUAAGUAUAUUUUGAAGUGUUCGAUACUCAAAAGAGUUUUGCUCUUAAUGUAGGGUGAGGCAGGUUUUACUGUAGGUGUUGAUGCCAUAAAAUAAACAGGAAUUGCCCAGAAAUCUACUGCCAACCUUACAAACUCAUCCCACUAAAGCUGUUUAGUAAAAGUGAUUUUUCUGGUCAGAUGAGCAUCGGCUCGUCUUCUUGUUGGGUGAGAUGUAAUCUUAUUUGGUCCGAGAAUAAACCGUACUGACGUUUGGGCAGUGGUACCUCAUAAGACGGGCGUUCAGCAGGGCAAUAACACUAGAACCUCCACCCAAGCCAUUUUACAUUCUGUGUGAUUCCUUUUUUUUUUUAAAUCUAUAAAUAUGCUUUCGGAGGUCCCUUCAUCAGCUGAGCUCCAUGUGAAACUCCAGCCUUUACUGACAGUAAUCAGCUCCACACUACCCUCCCAUUCAUAUUUAUUACUAACUUUAUAUUUACUAAAAAACCUGAGUAUUACUGUUGUAAUUAUAGUUUUUGCUAUCAUUUCCUUUGAUAUGACUAUAAGUCUUUUGUAAAUGUGACAAAAAGAGGACGAAUAAGUUUAUUUCUAAACAGACCAACACGGAGCCGUUUUUCUAGUGGACGUUUUAUGUACAUUAUGAUGUAAAUGUUUGACAAUCCACCUGCUAAACUGACUCAUAUGGUCAUCAUAUUUGUGGGAUGCAACCACUGUCACUGCCACUGCUUGGUGUCAUUUGUGCCACAAAAGGAACAGGGUAUGAAAAAUUUUCAGUUUGACAAUCAUCUCUGUCCCGGAUGGAGCGUUUUUUCCUGAUUCGUUCCACGUUCGAUGUUUUUAAAGUUGUUCUUUCAUUCUGUUUGUGGACAGGAUGUGAAAAUCUGAUAAAACUUUUCCAAAGUA